AUGUCCCGCUAUCCAUUGUCGAGAAAACUCAAGGUGGUUUUUUUCUAUAAUGUUAUGGCCACUACACUUUGGGGCUGCUGUCUAGGACGGUUACUUAUACUACUUCCACUAGUAGGCAGACGAUUCUUACCAGGUGGAAUCGCCGAUUUUUUCCAUGUGGUGUCUACAUUGCCGCUUGUUGGCUUCUUUGUUGUCAAUCUCUUUGGUCGCAGCGUUUACUCGGCUUCAGACUUGUGGUCCUUCGUGAAUGGGGCCCGUAUGGUCUGGAUCUGCUAUGGAGUGAUCUAUCCCCACCCCAGAAUCGCCAGACACACUUCGUACUCGUUUUUGAUUUUGUCAUGGUGUAUCCAGAACAUUGUGAGCUCGUCUUACUAUUCGUUCAAGGUGAAAACCAGAACGUCUCCAGCAUUUUUGUUCUGGUUGCACCAUCACAUCUUUUUCUUGACUUUUCCCAUGGCCUUUAUCAGCGAGCUCAUCCUCGUCUUUCUUAGUUUAAAGUUCGUGAGUAUUAAGUGGCAUAGAAUCGCCAUCGAGCUUUAUGUGUUGUCAUAUGUGCCAUUGGGUUACUUGACUUUCCAGCAUUUGCUCUCCAGAAAGCAUUCCAAGUACGACGAGUACAUGGAAAAGAGACGCGCGGGAAGAAGGCCCGGUGUUGAGCUCCAGCCUAUUCCGUCAUCAUCUCCGCUAGUAAAUGUAACUUCUGCAGACUCCGACGUGACUUCCAGGGUGAAUUCCAAUGCUCCAUCAACGGUGCAUUCCAACAUCCCAUCUAUAGCGCAUUCCAAUGUGCCGUCAGCUAGUCAUUCUACUGUUCCUUCUAACGCUGCAUCGAGAACAGGGUCCACGGCCGCUUUGGUGGACUCUCCUUCUUCUUCCAUUCAAAAGCCCGUGGCUGGGUCUGAGAAUCUGGAUUGA